AUGGCGAAGCUGACCGACACCGAGUCGGCUCAAUCCCCGGCCUCAAAAAAGCUCGGAUCGAAGCUCAAGAAUGCGAAGAACUCUACAGACGAGGGCAUCGCAGACGCACAGCCUGAAGGAAUCGACACCAACGAAGAGAUUAAGUCCGACAAGAAAGACAAGAAAAAGCGCAAGAAGUCAUCUUCCGAGGACGCUGGCCCCGAAACCGAUGCCGAUCUGAAGAAAAAGAAGAAGCGCCGCCACUCCGAAGAUGAUGACGAGAAGAAGGACAAGGACUCUGAAUCAAAGAAGAGUAAAAAGAAGCGAGUGUCCUUUGGACCCGGGACAAAGGAGAAUGACGGCGACGACGACAGUGACUCCCACGAUGUCGACAUGGACGAAGCUGCUACCACCGAUGGAGCCGAGGCAGACACCGAAGACAAGGAGAAUGACAAGGCACUUGAAGAUAUGAAGAAGCGCAAGCGGGAGAAGAAGAAGCAAAGAAAAACCGGCACCGCCCCGACUGAGGCACAAGUCCACGAGACUCCAAUUCUCUCCUACCUUAGCCACUACCACCGAGCACGCGCGACCUGGAAGUUCCAAAAGAACCGCGAAACCAACCUCUUCAAGCACCUCUACUCUCUCGAGCAUGUCCCCUCUCAGUACAACACUUCGCUGCUGGCAUACAUGCAAGGACUCCGUGGUGACGCCGCAAAGCAACGGUUGAGCGAUGCUGCUAGGGAUGUGAUCAAGGCCGACAUGGAUCUUGACAAGCCCAAGGACGAUGAAUCAGCGGAAAACCAGGAGGAAAACACAAACACUGACUACAUCGAAGCUAUCAACGCGUUCCGUGAACUUCUGCCGGAAGCAGACGAGAAACUGGACCGCGUCAACAUCAGGGAGGAUCUGAACGCAGAUGCCAAGAAACGUCUGCCAAAGAGGCAGCGAGCGGAGCUGGUCUUUUUCGCUGUCGCCGGCAAGCUGUUCAGCGCCGAAGAUGCCAAGCCCAAGCGGAAACCCAAGUCUACAGAGCCCCCAGCCAACAAGAAGCGGAAGAACAGAACCGUCGUUGUUGAUAUCAGCAGCAGCGAUGAAAGCACCUCUUCCAGCGGUAGCAGCAGCGACAGUGACAGCGAUGAUUCUGAUGCUUCGGCUUCUGCACCCACCCCUGCUAAGCAAGCUGCAGUGGACACUCCCUCGAAGAAGGAAAGCAAGAAGAAGAAGAACUUGCCGGUCCGUGAAGAAAAGCCUAAGCCCGCGCCUGUGCCAAAGGUCCCUAAGAAGACUCAAAAGCGGAAGCUUAGAACUGCUCAGAUCGAGAUCUCGAGCAGUGAAAGCGACAGUGAUUAA